CAGAGCCAGUUCUGUGAGCUCAGAGUGGAAAGUUUACCUCUGCUGUGCUUUGUGUCCCUCAUUUGUGCACAGUGUCCUUAGACUCUGUGGGGUCUGUAUAUGUCCAGCCAUGUCGUCUUAUAACAACAAUAGCGUGCGUCUUAACGCAGCCACGAAAGUGGCUGUUUUUGGAGGGACGCACGGGAACGAGAUGUCAGGUGUAACUCUCGUGAACCUGUGGAUGAAGAACAGCAACGAGAUCCAGAGGAAAGGUGUAGAGACCAAACCGUUUAUAACGAACCCAAAGGCUGUGGAGAAAUGUACCCGAUACGUGGACACGGAUCUGAACCGUGCAUUCACUGCGGAGAACCUCAGUGCCCCUGGUGGAGAGUCUCUCCCCUAUGAAGUAUGUAGAGCCCAAGAAAUCAACAAAAUGUUUGGCCCCAAGGGAAGUCCAGAUGCCUAUGAUGUAAUCUUUGACCUCCACAACACCACUUCCAACAUGGGCUGCACCCUGAUCCUGGAGAGCUCCAAAGACCACUUCAAUCUCCAGAUGAUGAACUAUAUCAAGAAAGCGCUUGCACCAGCCAGUUGUCUAGUCCUUCUCAAUGAACAUCCUCUUUUAAAAUAUUCCACUUCACGCUCUGUGGCUAAGCACCCUGUUGGUCUAGAAGUAGGCCCACAACCUCAAGGGGUUCUCAGAAGUAACAUCUUUGAUUCUAUGAGAGUGAUCAUAAAGCAUGCAUUGGACUUCAUUGAGCUGUUUAAUGAAGGUGUAGAGUUUCCCCCAUGCACUGUAGAGGUCUUUCGGGUUUUGGAGAGGGUUGACUAUCCCAGAGAUGCCAAUGGAAACAUCAUUGCCAUGGUGCACCCUAACCUCCAGGAUUGUGACUGGGAGCCACUGAAUCCUGGUGACCCCAUGUUCCAGACAUUUGAUGGGAAGACAAUCCACUACCAAGGUCCUGGGACAGUCUACCCCACUUUUAUCAAUGAAGCUGCCUAUUAUGAAAAACAACAAGCUUUCGUCACCACAAAGAGAGAAACACUGGUUGCUAGUGCUGUCAAAAAGUCGUAAAUAUAUUUAAACUCUAUACUGCUAACUGGAAUCACAAAAGGUUAGCUAACAUUAUAACUAUAUAUAGGUACUUUUGCACUUUGAAAUCACUUGUAAUGAUAGCCACAACAUCCAUAGAAACACUGAUUUGUAUACAUUUACUGUGAAAUGAACAGUGCUGUGCAAAAGUUUUAGAAAGGUCCAAUUCAAUUAUUAAGUUUAUAAGAUAAUUUAUAAAAAUUAAAGGUGCAUUACGUAACUUUUCUGGUGGAGGGUCUGUCAAAUGCUUUUCUCUGUGGAGAUGUUAUUACUUUGUCUGGAAUGUUUCACAUUAUGGCAUUAAACCUAUCUUUUUUCAUGGAGACCAAUCCAAGUUACAGGUUAGAUCUAUGGUGAAGCAACCCCCCUCAGUCAGAAUUCCUGUUUCUUUCUUCUUCUUUUUUUUUUUUUUUAGGUAUUUUUGAGCUAUAAAACCACCAUUAGAGCUGUUUAAUGUCAUACUGUGGAACAUUCCAGGCAGAGCAAUGACAUAUCCAUAGAAACAAGCAGGUGACGGACUCUGAACCAAAAAGUUACAUAGUGCACCUUUAAUUUUAAGAUAAACAUAAUAGACAAAAGAGAAAAGAAGAUGUGGUAUAGGUGCUACCAAUGGCACAUGGGCUGCCAUAUAUAACACUCCAACCUGUUUAAAGUGGUCUAGAAGCUUUGCCAAGAAAUACAGAUGGUUACUCAUUAAAGGACCUUUUUACACCUCACUAAAACCUUUACACAGUACUUAAUAUGAAUUAACUAUGCAAAAAAUAUGUGUUGAGUUUUGCUUAUAGAGCCACUGUGAAGACUACUGUAAUGUCACGGUACAUAUUAUUUGAAAUAUACCUGCCAUAGUAACUCACCUUUGCAGCAUUUACACUGUACAUUACACUGUAUGUUACCAACUCAGGAAGGUUAUAGUGGAACAUUACCUGAUAUGUUUUGAUCCCAGUGGUUUGUCCCUGGAAGUGUGGGUGUGGUGUGGCCUUGAUACUUCCUACCUGUAAGUCCACUGGUGGCGUAGUCUUUGGUGCUGUCCUCUUGUUGCCUUAUAUAAGAGAUUUAUGUGAAGAUUUGCACAAUUAGUGUUGAUAAAAUAUUUUGAUAAGAAAUGGCAUAUGUCUUGUGUGAUGAAGCUUAAAUAAUGUUUUAUAAUAGUGAUAUACUAUGUGUUUUAUAUACUUGUGUGUCCAUAACAAGGGUAUCAUUGAAAAUGUGUAUUCUUUGUAUGUUUGUUAAACUAUUGUACCUCCAUGUGCUUUUAGAGUCAUUCGCUUCCUUUUUAUAAUCCAUUCCGUCAUACAUGACUUACAAAUCUUGUAAAAAUACACAAUCAAUAAAAGACAGCAUAACGUG